CGUAUCGAUUCAGAGCAGCAGUUUGUGUGUGUGUGUGUGAGUGUGUGUGUCAGUGUCAGUGUCAGUGAUUCAGAGGGCUACAGAGGCUCGGGGCUCACCAUUUUACAGGAUCUGUGUGAAGGACAACAGCGUGUGCGAUGUGUUUUUUACAUUUCUGACUGAAGCCGGAUUAAAAAGCCAACAUGACGGUGGAUUUUGAGGAGUGCAUUAAAGACUCUCCGCGGUUCAGAGCCAACAUCGAUGAGGUGGAGACAGAUGUGGUCGACAUCGAGGCCAAACUCGACAAGCUGGUGAAGCUGUGCAGCGGGAUGAUCGAGGCUGGCCGGGCGUACACCAACGCUAACAAGCUCCUUAUCAAUGGCAUUCGAGACCUGUCACACCACUGCAAGGAGGAAAUGAUCUCUGAGUUUCUGGAGAAAUGUGGAGUGAGCCUUCAAGAAAUCGUCAACUACCACAUGAUCCUCUUUGACCAGGCCCAGAGGUCCAUUAAGCAGCAGCUGCACACUUUUGUCAAGGAGGAUGUGCGCAAGUUUAAGGAGACAAAGAAGCAAUUUGACAAGGUGCGGGAGGACAUGGAGAUAGCGCAGGUGAAAAACGCUCAGGCUCCCCGAAACAAGCCGCAUGAAGUGGAAGAAGCCAACGGCACACUUAUCGUGACCCGGAAGUGUUUCCGACAACUCUCCCUCGACUAUGUACUACAGAUCAAUGUUUUACAGGCCAAGAAGAAGUUUGAAAUCCUAGACUCGAUGCUGUCCUUCAUGCAUGCACAGUACACGCUGUUCCAGCAGGGAUACAACCUUCUGGACGAGCUCGACCCGUACAUGAAAAAGCUUGCUGCUGAGCUGGAUCAGCUGGUGAUCGACUCGGCCAUGGAGAAGAGAGUGAUGGAGCACCAGCACGCCGUCAUCCAGCAGCGGACUUUGAUGCAGGACUUCACCUGUGACGAUUCCAAGGUGGAAUUCAAUGUGGAUGCCCCGAACGGGAUUGUGAUGGAGGGAUAUCUGUUCAAGCGAUCUACAAACGCUUUCAAAACAUGGAAUAGGCGCUGGUUCUCAAUACAAAACAGCCAGCUUGUCUAUCAGAAGCGGCUUAAGGAUGCUCUUACGGUCGUUGUGGAGGACUUGAGGCUUUGUUCCGUCAAACCUUGCGAGGACAUAGAGCGGAGGUUCUGCUUCGAAGUGGUCUCACCUACAAAAAGCUGCAUGUUGCAGGCCGAGUCUGAGAAGCUGCGUCAGGCCUGGAUUCAGGCUGUGCAGGCCAGCAUCGCCUCAGCCUACAGAGAGAUCACAGAUAACUACUAUAUAGAGCGUUUGGACAGAACGGCGUCUCCAUCCACCAGCAGCAUCGACUCGGCCAGUGAGCCACGGGAGAGGAGUGCGAGAGGGGAGAGUGUCCUGCAGAGGGUGCAGUCUCUCCCAGGAAACGAGGUGUGCUGUGACUGCAGUCAGGCCGAGCCACGCUGGGCCAGCAUCAACCUGGGCAUCCUGCUGUGCAUCGAGUGUUCCGGCAUCCACAGGAGUUUGGGUGUACACUGCUCAAAGGUGCGCUCUUUAACACUGGACUCCUGGGAACCAGAAUUAAUGAAGUUAAUGUGUGAGCUUGGAAACACGGUAAUUAAUCAAAUCUAUGAGGGUGCUUGUGAAGAAAGAGGUCUGAAAAAACCUGGACCCAACAGCACGAGGCAAGAGAAAGAGGCCUGGAUCAAAGCUAAGUAUGUGGAAAGGAAGUUCCUAAAGAAAAUGUGUGGCUUAGAGGCGCUGGUCGAUGGGGGUAGGAAGUCUCAUCACUGGCAUGUGAAGAAGUGCAGACGAAACAACAGCGUCAUCGGAGCACCCAAAACUCGACACAAAUACAGACAUGAUGGAGGAAGUGUGUCACCAGCUAACUUAUCCGCAGCUGCUGCAGCAGCCAAAUUCCGCAGAGAAUCACUUUUCUGUCCCGAUGAACUGGACUCACUUUUCUCCUACUUUGACACUGGCUCUGGGCCCCGCAGUCUCAGCAGUGACAGCGGACUUGGUGGCAGCACAGACGGCAGCACUGACAUCCUGGUAUUUGGCUCGGUGGUGGACAGUGUCACAGAAGAGGAGUGUGAAGACUCAGAGGAAUCCAGCGGGGAGGUGGAGGUUGAACAAGAGACAUCAGACAUGGAGGACGUGCGAGAGCUGCAUCCCGGCGUGCUGCUCCAUAAAGCCUCACAAGCCCGAAACCUGCCGGUCAUGGCUGAGGCGUUAGCGCACGGAGCAGACGUCAACUCCGUUAACGAAGAGAACGAGAGCAAGAGCCCUUUAAUACAGGCUGUCACGGGGGGUUCUUUAAUAGCCUGUGAAUUCCUGCUGCAGAACGGAGCUGAUGUAAAUCAGAAAGAUGCGAGAGGACGGGGCCCUCUUCACCAUGCCACGUUAUUGGGUCACACAGGGCAGGUAUGUCUCUUCCUGAAGCGAGGAGCGUCUCAGACCGAGGUGGACGAGGACGGCCAGGACCCUUUGAGCAUUGCUGUGCAGGCAGCUAACGCAGACAUCGUGACUCUGUUGCGGUUGGCCCGGAUGAACGAGGAAAUGCGCGAGGCAGACGGCCCCCUCGGACAUCCAGGUCAAUACCCCGGCAGCAGCCCCACUGAGCAGCAGUACAAGAAGUGCAUUCAGGAGUUUAUCUGCCUUACCAUAGAUGAGUGCUAGGGGGAGCUCCUGAGCAGGGCUAGGGUUAAAGGUCCAGCAGUAGCAAAUCCUUCUCAGUAUGAAAACCCAGUAUGAAUAAUUCAGCCUCGUUAAGGAACACAUCUUCAGUCACAUUCCUGACGGUUCUUUACUGCCAUAUGAAGCAUUUUAGAUCUUUAUGGUACAUAGCCUAUUGUCUCAGUCCGCAAAGUAUUUAGGAAACAUUAUUAAACACGUUAUACAGUAGAUGUUAUCGCAGGUAGUGGCUAUGGAACAUUCAGUACUCAACACCACACUGAAUGUCCUGGUGUACUGGUGAUCAGUCGCAGGUAGUUGGCCGUCUAGCUGAUGUGUCCAAUCAGAACGAAGACUUUCUGUGGUAUUAUUUUGCCAUUGUGUACAAAUACAACUGCGUGCACUUUUCCUACCGACAGUAUUUUAGUAUUUGUACGUUUUGUUUUUUGUGUUGUUUAGUCUUUAAAAAAAAAAUUAUUUAUGAUGUUCCGCCCAGAGGACUAGUGCAAUGGAAACUGGAAUACGGAAAAUCUGUAUCCAUGUACAUCGUUUUUUUAUUUCAGUCUUCUUCAGUUUUAGUUCCAAGCUUAAUGUAAUUCAGUUUUGUAACUGGACUCGCAUUGAUUAGCUCUCUCAAUAAGAUUGGUUUUUAUAGGUGUUUUCGAGCUCCUUUAAAGUUUGAGAAUAAUGCCAGUGAAGCAAAAUUAUUUAUGGAAAUUACAGUAAUAGUAUGUUUUGUAUAUUUGUACAAGUCCCCAAAAUGACAUAAUGUGAUUUAUUUUGUUACGGUCAAUCGCUAAUAGUUCGCUUCUGCAUGCAAAACAUGCUCGCGCGCAUGAUUUCUUCAGCCGGCCAUCCUGGUUCAAUAGCAAUGCAUGAGUUUUUGAUGACAUCUGAUGCCGUUCAGUCUGAAACACAGCUGACUGAGGUGUUUACGUACAUCAACAUGAACUUCAGCUUUGUUUUAACCUCCCAGCCCUCGACAGGAUGCAGUUAGAAGUGGAACUGUAAUAUCAUGUGAUGAUGGUCAGCUAUAAAAAAAAAUCCAUACAUCUUAAGACAAAUGAAAGGAACUGAUCAUGCUUGAGACAUUUUUACAGAAACGGGAGGCAGACUGAUCAAUUUCCUGUUAACGAGUGGGAAAAAAUGCACUUUCAAGAUCUAAUUAUAAAAAACAAAAACAUAAAAGAACUGGUGAACAUGUUCUGUCUUUGGGAGUGUGUUUAACGUGAACAUGUACAAUUUCCUCGGAGUAUCUGUGGUGUAAAUACGCAUUAUUGUUGCCAUCUGCUUGCGCUCUGCAUUCUGCUGUGAAUCUUUUCGCUGUUCUCUUCGCAUCGGUCUGUACAAUCUGUUUUAAAGUCCUGUAUUCGGAGAUGUUAUUUAGGCAACUGAAAUCUUAAAAAAAAAAACCAAAAAAAAAAAAUUGUUUGUCUGUGAAAAAAAAUGGAAAGAAUAAAACUAUGAUGCUUUUGGAAUCCUC